CACAGCAACAAGCAGAAAUACACCACACAGAGCAAACAAAGUGAGGAACGACUCUCCAACUUUGGAUUAACACAGUCUUCUCUUUCCCAGAAAGAGCUGACGUUAUUUAGUUGUAGGUACAGGACAGUUUAACUGAGCACAUUUGUUAUAGCACUGCAGCAGUGUUGUGGGUAGAGGGGACCUGCCUUGAUAAAUCAACCAGCAGCGACAAAUCUAAUUUUGAAGGAGAAAUAUUGCUGCUUGGGAGAGGAGAUACCAAAGCCUUUAGGGACCGGAGGAGGUACAGUACAAAGAGAGAGUGAGACAGAGUGUUAACAAGGGCAUCAAAGCCAUGGAGGAGAGAGAAAACUACAGCAGCCUGCAGGAGUUCACAGAGGAGCCGACCCCUGGAGGGAACACGCUCAUUCUCGAACAAAACAACGGUUCCCAGGGACUGAAGCGGGGCAUUGAGUGUUUGAGGAGUCGGACUGCUCUCCUGAUACUUAUUGGCUUUUUGGCCUCCAUCGCCGCCAACAUCAUACUCACUGUGCUCUUGAUUGGCAGGCCGGUGCCAGCUGCUCCCCUGGACUCCUCAUCUCUGGGUUUUAAACUGAACUCGGUGCAGAGACGUUACAUCCAGCUGUGUGAUGACUACACCGCCCUGGGACAGAGCUGCUCAAAGACAGUUAAGCAGUGCAGGGAGUGUCCUGUAGGAUGGUUUCAUGUCGGGGAUCAGUGUUACUACAUCAGCAAUGACAAGCUGGACUGGCUGAAGAGCAGAGAUAGCUGUGCAGAUAUGGGCAGCCAUCUUACCAUACUGCACACCAUGGAACAGCAUGACGCUCUGGAAAAAGAAGUCAAGAAUCUGGAAGGAUUUGAUUACCACUUCUGGAUCGGCCUGUCUGACAUAGAGGAGGAAGGAGAAUGGAGAUGGGUGGACAACACAACACUGCAACGCAAAUACUGGGAUCAGUGGAGCUCAGAGCCAAAUAACCAUCAGUCAGGAGGGGAACAUGGAGAGGACUGUGCCACCUUAGACAGCCAUGCAAAGUCAUGGUUUGAUGUUCCUUGUGAACACAUUUAUAAACGGAUCUGCCAGAUGGAUGUCAUUCAGCUCAACUAAAUCCCAAUACUACUGAAAAUACUGCAGAACUGGGAGGUCUGGAACUACACAGGGUUUUGAGACUGUUACAGGAUUACAGAAAACAAAAUUCUGACCAAAAGGUCAUUCUUGAGACAUAAAACAUAUGCACACAGGAUAUAUAUAUAUAUAUAUUUCUUUUUUACUGAAGGUAUGGUUGCUAUAUAUCUGUUAAAUUGAGAUACAACAUGGGGGGUAUUUUAAAACUGCAUUCUUUUUUCCAAGUUAAUCUAAAAGGAAAACAUUACAUUAAAAGAGAAUAUGCAUGUUAGUAUUGUGCAAAUUUUAGAUAGAGUAGUUCAAUAUAACAUAAAAAAACCCCAACAUUUUUUUGAAAGGUGCCAAUUUAUAAUUAAUAAGCCUAAUAUUGAAUUCAGCUUUGAAUGUCAGGUCAUCAAGCUCUCAAAUUAGAAAAAGGUCUUCAUGUUGCAAAGCUGAAUGCCACAAAUACUGUCACUGUGUUAUAGAAAUUUCGGCCUCUGCUGUUAAUCUUUGGAUGAUAUCUGUUCAAAACUAAGCUGCAAACUAAUUCAGAAAUAUCAUUCUUUAUUCUGUUUUAACAUUGUCUUCCCUUUAAAGCUGAAUAAUAAGAGAGUGGGAGCAUUUUGAUUGCCUCAAUAUGGUGAGACAUUAAGCCUGCCGAUCGUAGUUAAACUACGGCAAUAUUUCUUAAUUAGAUAGAUACUGUUUUCAAUGUCAAUAAAACACCCUGAUUCUAAUAUAGUUCAAUGCAAUAAUAGAUUUACAUGUGCAUCAAAAAUAAUACAGCAAGCCGAGGGUGGGUUCAUUAGCCAACUCACUAAUUUCAGAGUAUCACCUUCCUUUUGUGUUGCCUGCGUCAGUUCCAUACUUAAUUGUAUCAAUAACUCUUUUCCUUUAACCAUAUUUGGAGUUGUAUUAUAAAAAGACAACACUGUCUCAUCUCGUGUCUCUAAGUUUAGUUUCUUGGUCAAAAUGACUGAACAGGAGCUUCUCACAGAGAUAUACUAAUCAAAAUCUCUGCUGUUGGCUGACCAGCACACACUCACAGAGAAGUAGCUCAGGCCCGUGAUAUAGACAUUAUAGAAUAAAAGCAAUGAAAACAAAAAGUAAGUUGUAAAAAAGGCAAUUUCUUACUAAAACUUAAUACAUUGAUUGAUAAGCAUUAUAACAAAAAAUAUAUCCCACACUAGAUAAAACUGGACACAUAUUAGAUGAAUAGGGGAAGGUGCUAUAAGACAAGUGUAAUCAAGGAGAAGCAUGCAUAACAACACACACACAGAGGGUAACUUCAUUUUCUGCUCUAUAUCUUUACUUAGCUUAAAGGUGUUUGUCGCUUUUUGAAUGCUAUAAAUAUUGUAUUGGCUCCUCUAAGAUGAAUUAUAACAGCAUUUAGACUUUGGAGACUAAAUGUAUGUCAUUAAAACAUUUCUAUUUUUGAAUAGUC